AAGAAGUGAAGCGCAUCCGCCGAGGCAGCAGCAUCGGAGUCGCACGGAUUUCCUCACUCGGAUUGCUUUCACAUACCAGGGCUCGCCCUCACCUAUGCGCUUUUCACAUGGGGAUGCAACUCCUCAACUGCUUGGAAUAUAUACGGCUCCUACAUUUACAUUCGCAAUAGCGGUCGACUCAAAUCAGAGAGCGCGCACCUCUGCGUAACGCACAGGCGGUGGAUUGUGAUGUGCGCAUUCGGUGGUGUAUUGGAGGUGAAAGGAAGGAUUGGAUCAGACAGGAUUUGAUAAGGACCCGUAAAAGGGGGAGCAGCUUAGUUUAUAACCCCUGCGACUGGACACCUUCUGGUUUUACGCAUCAUUUCUACUCUCGAGAUCGAGUGCGCGAGAGCCUGUACUAUUGCAUAUCAUGUCAUUUCUCUUUGACUGAUCGCAGCAUCCAAGAGGAACCUAAAGAUUGCGAUGCCAGGACAGUGAGAAGGUGGAUCUCAGUUGUUCGGUAGCAUGGCUCCGUCCCGGAGGUACUGCAGAUGUGACAUGAUCUUUCUGUCGGGAUGCCUACUCCUGUCCGUCUUGGGAUUUCAUCCUGCAUUGGCUAAGGUCUGCAAUGAUUACACAAGGCACGGCCUGGACAACAACUGGUACACGAGGGAUGGUGAGAAGUUGCCCAUCAUGGUCCUGAUGCCGAUGAAUGAAUCAGCGCUGAUGAGCAGCAUCAGUCAAGGCAUCGAGCCGGCCGUUCAGCUGGCCAUCCAGCACAUCCGCGAGUCCAGGCAGUACUCCUUCUCGCUCAUCACCAAAAUCUACGACACGGAGUGUGACAACGCAAAGGGAUUGCGGGCCUUCUUUGAUGCAAUCUGCUAUGGUCCGAAACAUUUGAUGAUCUUUGGGGGAGUGUGUCCAUCAGUGACUUCGAUCAUCGCUGAAUCGUUGGAGGGGUGGAACCUCGUGCAGCUUUCUUUUGCGGCCACAACCCCUGUCCUGGCAGACAGGAAAAAGUAUCCAAAUUUCUUCAGGACCGUCCCAUCAGACAAUGCUGUGAACCCCGCUGUGGUGAAGUUUCUCAACUUUUACAAUUGGAGCAGAGUGGGAACCCUGACCCAGGAUGUCCAGCGCUUUUCUGAGGUGCGGAAUGAUUUGACCAAUGAGCUGGAGAAGGCAGACAUCCAGAUUGCAGACACUGAGAGUUUCUCUAAUGAUCCCUGUGUGAAUGUGAAGAAACUAAAGGAUAAUGAUGUUCGGAUCAUCAUCGGUCAGUUUGAUGAGAAUCUGGCUGCUAAAGUCUUCUGCUGUGCCUACAACCUGAAUAUGUAUGGCAGUAAGUACCAGUGGAUCAUCCCAGGAUGGUACCAGGGGAACUGGUGGGAACAGGCAAACUCCACAAACUGCACCACUAAGAAGCUUCUGACAGCCAUGGAGGGCUACAUCAGCGUGGAUUUUGAGCCUCUCAGUGCCAAACAGAUCAAAGGAAUAUCAGGAAGAACACCGCAGGAGUAUGAGAGGGAGUACAACCGCGAGCGAGAGCAGAAAGGAGUGGAGGCCAGCAAGUUCCACGGCUUUGCCUACGAUGGCAUCUGGGUGAUUGCGAAGACCCUCACGCGCGUCAUGGAGCUCCUCAGACACAAGGAGAGGCACGACACGUACCACAACUUCACGGUGGAUGACCGCGAGGUGGGCAAAAUGGUUCUGGACGUGAUGAAUGAAACCAACUUCUUUGGAGUGACGGGUCAGGUGAUGUUCAGGAACGGGGAACGCAUGGGAACCAUAAAAUUCACCCAGUUUCAAGAGGGUCAAGAGGUGAAGGUGGGCGAGUACAACGCCAUUGCAGAUGUACUGGACCUUAUCAACAACACCAUCAGGUUCCAAGGUGUUGAACCGCCGAAGGAUCGGACGUUUGUGCGUCUGCAGCGCCGGCAAAUAAAUGUCCCCCUCUACAGCAUCCUGUCUACCAUCACUAUCCUGGGCAUGCUCAUGGGAGGAGCCUUCCUAUUCUUUAACAUCAAAAACCGCAACCACAGGCUGAUCAAAAUGUCGAGUCCCUAUAUGAACAACCUGAUCAUUCUGGGGGGCAUGCUGUCAUACGCCUCCAUUUUCCUCUUUGGUCUGGACGGAUCCUUUGUGUCAGACAAGGAAUUUGAGACCCUCUGUACUGUCCGUACAUGGAUCCUUAUUGUGGGUUACACAACAGCGUUUGGUGCCAUGUUUGCAAAGACCUGGAGAGUGCACGCCAUCUUCAAGAAUGUAAAGAUGAAGAAGAAGAUUAUCAAGGACCAGAAGCUCUUUAUCAUCGUGGGUGGGAUGUUGCUGAUUGAUUUGUGCAUCCUCAUAUGCUGGCAGAUCGUGGAUCCCCUGAAGAGAACUGUGGAAGAGUACAGCUUGGAGGCGAAUCCUCAGGGACGAGACAUCGCAAUCCGGCCCUUCCUGGAGCACUGCGAGAACACGCACAUGACCAUUUGGCUAGGGAUUGUCUAUGCCUACAAAGGCCUCCUUAUGCUGUUUGGAUGUUUCUUGGCCUGGGAGACCAGAAACGUGAGCAUUCCAGCCCUGAACGACAGCAAGUACAUCGGCAUGAGUGUGUAUAAUGUGGGCAUCAUGUGUAUCAUCGGGGCAGCGGUGUCCUUCCUGACCCGGGAUCAGCCUAAUGUGCAGUUCUGCAUCGUGGCACUGGUUAUCAUCUUCUGCAGCACCAUCACGCUGUGUCUGGUUUUUGUGCCAAAAUUUGUCACAAUGCGUACAAACCCGGAUGCUGCCACACAGAACCGGAGGUUAAAGUUCACCCAGAACCAGAAGAAGGAAGAUUCCAAGACGUCCACCUCAGUAACCAGUGUUAACCAGGCAAACACUUCCCGUCUGGAUGGAUUACAGUCAGACAACCACCGCCUCCGAAUGAAAAUUACAGAGCUGGAUAAAGAACUGGAAGAGGUUACAAUGCAACUCCAGGACACUCCAGAAAAGACUCCAUACAUUAAACAAAACCACUACCAAGAUGUCAACAAUAUCCUGAGCAUACGCAACUUCACUGACGGCAAAGAUGGAGAGAAAUCUCUGAAGAACCACUUAGAGCAGAAACCCCAGGCUCAGUGGGGAUCCAUGGAUCCUUCUAGGAUAAGCAGAGGUCCACUAGAAGACAUCAACUCACCAGAACACAUACAGCGCAGGCUGUCCCUACAGCUGCCGAUCCUGCAUCACGCCUAUCUGCCCUCCAUAGGCGGGGUGGAUGCGAGCUGCAGCAGUCCCACAAGCAGCCCGGCCUCCAGCCCGCGCCACAGACACAUGCCUCCCUCCUACCGGGUGAUGGUGUCCGGCCUGUGAGUCCCGCCACCUGCCCUGCACUCCGAAGAAGCGAUCAGCUUUUUUAUUUUAAGACAGACUGAGCAAUAUCAGCAGUUAAACAAAAGCGUGUGAGCAACCCAGGGGGGUCCAACUCUUCAUGCAUUCGUGACCCCCCUCCCACCAUCCAUGGCCACAUCAGAGCAGAACUGAUCUUUCAGGCUAGGAGGGAGGUGACUGGAGGUCCUCACAUGGAAACCCAACCCAGACUUCCAUCCUCUCGGUCCCGUCACCUCCCGUUCCUAACUCGAUGGACUCAACGCCCCCCACCCCCCUAAACAGCAGUGCAGAUCAAUGGAGGACAGGAGCUGUAGCCUUACCUGGUAAAAAAAGAGACGCUUCCGCCAGCAGCCUUUCCACGUUAUCCGUGCACAUCGGUUCUGCUGGAACUUGCGGGAAAUGGGCAGUGUAUGUGACUGAGGACUCCACCUCUUUAUUCACCGUGUCAACAGCCAUGUAAAUACCAUAUUCGAACAUCAAAGUGAGCUUUGAAUAUGCUGUGAAAUGAAUUAUUCUGACGAGGCCUGGUGCUCGGAGAACUUUACAAACAGCCGACGAACCAGGAAGAGACACAUACGCCGUUGCAACCGGUAUGAAUUUGUUGUAUUGCUUCAGUGUCCCAAUGGUGUGAAAAAGUGGUUAAUGGUAAAUAAGACUAUUAGCGUCUCAAUUUUUUGCUAAAGACAACAAGGGAGUGUUUCAGGGUAACGCGAGCAAACUGUUCUUACCUGGAUAGACAUGUACCGCACAUUGUUUUUCUUUAAAAACAGCUAGCAUCAUGUAGGCCUAUCCUGGUAUCAGAGUAUCAAAAGUACUACUUUGAUUUAUCGCAAGUAAUGUCACGUUAGAGGUUGCGCAUGUGCAACCUCAAAGAGCCACAGGUCCAGCCGAAAGGGACGUAAGAGACAAAAGAGGGUCAGUCUUCCAUUACAGCCGAGCGAAUUGAUCCUGCAUAUUGGGACUGAAACACAUAGAUGCAGCCCUAUGCUUGGGAUGUACGAUAGCCGUCACGUGACCGCCUGUUACAGAACAAGAAGACUCACAAAUUGCGAUAAUAACAGGGAAGUGGUACACCAUGCAGAGCAAAACCAAAAUAUCCUCACAGAAAGCUGCGAGGUUACACAAAAGAAGCGGUCCACACAGCAAGACAGAAGAACGAUAUUGUAUUAAACAGCGGGACUGAAAAAUUAGCACAAGUGUAAUUAACUUAAUAAGAGCAAGUCAUGUAUGAACAAAGCCUCGUUUUGACUUUUCGUGCAGUCUCUCAGUUUACCCGCCCUCUAUUUCUUGUUUUUGUUGUUUUCUUUUGGUUGAUUAAAAACCCAACAUGUGUGAAGCCUCUACGGUUGUAGCUUGGGCUAAAAGGGCUCGGGUCGAGGGUGCGUGUGUUUGCCCGUUCCAAGGGAGAAAUGGCAGAAAGGUCCGCCCCAGUAUCAGAGUGACAUUGUGAAAUACAUCACCUAGCUCUUAGCAACAGUGAAAUUACCUCAUAGUUGCUAUAGAAAUCUUACCGUGUGCAGUGAACUUUGCACAAUGUCUUGCAGAGAUAGAGAGCAUCAGCUAGGGCUGGUGUCAUGCUACUUUUGUAAAUCUGGAAAUGUACUUCAAAAUAGGAAUUAUCGGAAAUAAGCUACGUAUCAUCCAUAUCAAAGGCAAGAGUUCGUUUCAGCUGAUAUCUCACCGUCGGUGUCUUGGUUUUAGUUUCUGUCAGAUUUGUUACUGUAACGUGUGUCUUACUGGAGCCUGAUGGACCGUAUUGUGUCAACCAGGUGACAAAAACAGUGACAGCACAUAUGAUCCAUAUGAAGCCAAUGCAUCAAGAAUUUCUUUAACUUGUGACUUCCUUCUGUAUGGCUGUUAUCUAGUGAUAACGUGACAUUCAUGGGUAUUUAUUGUCUCAACUAUUUGGGAAAGCAGAAGCAGAAACACAACAGAGGUGCGUUUGCUAACAGCAGUUGUCAUAGUACCUCACGCUCACUAAUGAGUCACGAUGACAAAGACCUUUAAAUACAACACCACAAACAGAUACGCAAAAAUCCCACAACGCCACGGGAGCUUGUCUAAGUAUGACGGCCACGACCUAGACUGACGUUUCUAAUGCACGAUGAGUUUCUCAGUACACAGAGGCGAUUGUCUACAUUUUGACUUGACUUUUGCAGCUUAUGACUAUGACUGAGUUUUCAUUCUGACUAUAAUCAGCUCUUAUUUCCAAGUUCAUUUCAACGUUGUUUAUUCUUCAAUGUCUUUAUGAUAUGUUGUUUGGCACAUUCAGCAGUCAGUAUCCCACAAUAUGAAACAUAUUUGGCACAUGUGAACACUAACAUCUAAUGUCCAAUAUUAGAGAGAAAAAAACAGCAGAAAAUGAUGUACAUUGGACAUUACAAAUCAAGAUAUUGAAUUUAUUUGCAUACUGACUUUAUUUGUUCAUCGUUUCUCAUUGCCCUUUAACCUCCUUUAAAAAUUGUUACAGUAAUAACCUACAAUAAUGUUCAUUGAUAUUUCAUUAACAGAUUAAUUCAUGUACUGACAUUAAUUGAUGAUCUGUUUCGUCUUGUAAUGUUCUUAAAAGAUUGUAACUUCUAAAAAUAUAUAUUAAAAUUUAUAUUUUUAUGGAGAGAUAGAGGGUAAUAAGCAACAAUGAAAAUGAAGUGUUAACAAUUCAGCUCAGAGAAUCAGUAGAAGUAAAAGGGCUAGCUCACAUUUACAUAUUGUAUUUCAUUUAAAAACCUUACAUACAGUAUAUGGCAUAUAGUUACAGUAUACGCUCAAUACAACCUUUCAAAAUGAAUUAAAUAAAACCAUAAUUUCAUACAACUUAAUGUCAUAAAAUAGGCAGUUACUGAAAUCCACUGAUCCUAUUUUAUCUUCAGGCUGCUGGUUACUGAGGUUUUAAACACUGGUUUUAAACUUCCAGGCAUAAAUAGGAACUUUGGUAUUCAAAUGAAAAAAAAAAAAAUCAUCAUCCAAAGGAGCAACUCAAAUAUCUAUUUUAAAUAAAUGUCUUUUAGACUGAGUUUGAGUGAAUGGGAUGUUUACAAGUUAUCUGCUCAAGGAGAGGGCAUGAUUCAUUACUCCACAUUUAAAUCAUAACGAUGACCAUAAUAUAAAUUAGUCCAGGCUACAGAGGCCUAAUGAAAUGUAAUUAUUAACAAGAGAUUAUCAAAAUUUUAUUCAGAGUAAUCAUACGGUAAAGUAUGUAUACAGAAUGUAUGAGAUUUAUUAAAAAAAUAAUUUAUUUUUUAAUCUUUCAUGCAUGGCAUCCUAUGCAUACAUUAUAGAUUUAAUUUUGCAAAUAAUUUUACUCAAUCAUUUCUGACAAAUGCACAACAUAAUUAUAAAAGUGGCAAUAAUAAGCUCAUUCAAACUGUAUAGAUAAGUAUAUUUACAGUAUGUUCUUGAUGGUGCAUUAAGCUGGAAGGAAGAAUCAUAUCCUAAAUAUGUUUUACACUACCUGUACUUUUGGUGUAUAGCUAUGACACUAAUGUUGACAUUGCACAGGAAUUCAUCUGUCAUGGGGAUCAUGCUUCUCAGUACAAUCCUAACUACUGUCUUACACUUUGAAGUGUAUUAAAAACAAACAUGAAGACAUUCAGAGUGCACCAUGCACCACAAACUGUUCUUUUAAAAAUGGAAAGGUAAACUCUGGUCUGUCUGCAGUAUGUAUUCAUGUCAUUACCGUUAUGGGAAAAGUGAAUUUGUGACGUAGUCUCAUUUUAAGGAAAUCACUAGAAAAACACAAAAACUGAAUAAAGACCAAGGUAGUGCUUUAUAUGAGUUCUAUUUGGACAUGUUCUAUACUGUGGAUUCAAAUCACUGUGUGUGUGCAUGUGUUUGUGAAUCAAGUGAAACACAAGGUUAACCCGCUAACACAUUGCUUUUGAAAAUGUAUCAUGGUCUGUGGAAUGCACAUCUGGUUGUUUAGGACCGUCUUGGCAAUAACCUUGGAAAUGAAGGCGAGAGCUGAUUUGUUGGACAUUUAAAUGUUAACUACGAAACUGAAAUGAUCUAAAUGUUGUGUUCUUCUAAAGCAAGAAAACACUCAUUUGUGCAAAGAGAUUCAGGAAUUCAGUCUACAAGAUUCGAGAAAAUUGUUGGACUGGACUCCAUGCGUAUUCCGGUGUGAACUGGUCUAUCUUUGCAUCAUAUAACAAACAAUAGCAAGGCCUUGUCAUCACCCCAGGAGAAUGAACAACCACUUCUAAUGUAUAUAAUGUAAACAACUUAUUUUUUUCUGUAGAGGUAUAAUACAAUGAUAGUGGGGGAUGUUACAAAUGACGUUAAAAAGACAGAAUGUUAGCAGUGAGCGUGUAUGUCUGUUUGCCACUGUGUGAAAACGUGCUGUCUACAAGUUUACACAUCGCUAUACAAACUAUUUAUUCUGUGCUGGAAGACUUAUCGCUCUUUUUUUGUUUUGGUCUUUUUGCUUCAUUUUAAUUUUUUAUUUGUCAUCUCUUUUGAGUUCACAAAACUCGUCACUGCCCAUCAAAAAAAAAAAAAAGAGGAACUCCACAACUAUGUUUUGUUUUUCUAUACAGUGCUUUUUGGAAGUGUACACUUGUGUGCUCCACUGCUGUACCGUCCCGUGUGUUUGCACUGGCACACACACAGACACACAGGAGCUCUUGAACAAAUCAAAGUGGAUGUGUUCAUUUCAUAUUUCUUGUACCCUUAAACUGCAUGGAAAUCAUAACAUUUUUAAUAAAUUAUUGCAAAAAAUGUUUUAUUAAUAAAAUAAUUAAAAUUA